AUGAACACGGCAUUUGACAGCAUCUCCAUAAAGAUAGCCUCGCCCGAUCAGAUUAAAGAUGAGUCGAAGAAGACCAGUUGCAAACGUCGGAAUCCCGCCCAAGCAGUGGAUGACUCUUUUAUCUGCCCCGAGAAAGGGACAUGUAGUUGUGGCGAGGUCAAGAAGGCGGAGACUAUUAACUACCGCUCCUUUCGUCCUGAACCGGAGGGUCUCUUCUGUGAGGCUAUCUUUGGACCACAAAAGGACUGGGAGUGUAACUGUGGUAAGUAUAAACGGAUUAAACACAAAGGGUUGAUAUGUGACCGCUGUGGUGUUGAAAUCACACAACAGCGCGUUCGCAGAGAUAGGCUCGGAUAUAUCCAGCUUGCCGCACCUGUCUCUCAUAUAUGGUACUUCAAAGGAAUUCCUUCUCGCAUCGGCACUUUCUGUGAACUCUCCUCACGCGAUGUUGAACGUGUGCUCUAUUUUGAGGGGUUUAUCGUCGUUGAAGUGACUGACCCAGAUUGUCCUCUUGAACGUGGGCAGGUGUUAACCGAGAUCGAGUACAUAGAACACAGCAACAAGUACCGGGAUGGGUCCCGGGAUGGGUUUCGUGCUGGCACCGGCGCAGAAGUCAUUCGCGAAUUAUUGAGCGAUAUUGAUCUUGAGGCGGAGAUAGAGAAGUUAACCACGGAGUUGGAAGAAACAACGAGCCAGCAGAAGAAACUUAAAAUCGCCAAGCAACUGAAACAGAUGGCUGACUUUGCAGAAGUUGGGCAGCGACCCGAGUGGAUGAUUUUGGAUGUUAUUCCUGUCAUUCCACCGGAUUUACGACCUCUUGUUCCGCUGGAAGGCGGACGUUUUGCUACCAGUGACCUGAACGAUCUGUAUCGCCGUGUUAUCAAUCGGAACAACCGACUGCGGAAAUUGAUACAGCUCCGCUCCCCAGAAGUUAUUCUGCGGAACGAAAAACGGAUGUUACAGGAAGCAGUUGAUGCAUUCUUUGAUAAUGGGCGCCACGGUAGGCGUGUCACCGGUCCGGGAAACCGUCCCCUUAAAUCUCUUGCUGAUGUUCUCAAGGGCAAAAUCGGGCGGUUCCGUCAGAAUCUACUCGGUAAGCGGGUUGACUACUCUGGGCGUAGCGUCAUCGUUGUUGGACCUGAAUUGGGAUUGCAUCAAUGUGGAAUUCCCAAGCGGAUGGCUGUAGAGUUGUUUAAGCCGUUCAUUAUCGAACGACUUCAAGCGUAUGGCCAUACGCAGACAAUUAAGCGAGCGAAGCAUCUUGCUGAACACGUUGAUUCCGAUUCACCUGUAUGGGAAGUCGUAGAGGAAGUGAUCGCUGAUCAUCCAGUCUUACUUAAUCGUCCACCGACGUUGCACCGACUCGGUAUUCAAGCGUUUUUACCUGUUUUGGUAGAAGGCAAAUCGAUCAGAAUUCCGCCCCUCGUCUGUAAGGCAUUCAACGCCGAUUUUGAUGGGGACCAGAUGGCUGUCCAUGUACCCCUCACGGUAGAAGCACAGGCUGAGGCGAAACUUCUGAUGCUCAGUAGUCAUAACAUUCUCAAACCCUCACAUGGCGAUCCUAUCGCUGUUCCGGAACUCGACAUGGUACUCGGAUCCAGUUUCCUGACAAAGGAGUUACCAGAGCACGCUGCAGACGCAGCACUUCUGCAUGAUGCUUAUACAACAAGCGAUCCUUCUGCUUUUGAUGCACUCCGUGAAAAACUGUGGUGCCAUCGUCGCUACGCGCAGCCCGAAGAGGUUAUUACCGCUCAUGUGGCGGGUCAACUUAAACUGCACGACAGCAUCCAGCUCUUCCGUGCAUCUAAUGGGGAUGAUGGGAAAACCGCGGAGCCGAUUCUAACGACAGUGGGCAGGGUUAUCUUUAACCAAGUACUGCCGCCUGGUUUAGAGUGGGAGGAUCUCAACGCUGAAGCUGACGGCAGACAACUGUCUAACCUGAUCCAUCGUUGUUUCAACGAAUUGGGCACGCGCACCACAACUGAAGUGCUUGAGAAAGUACAGAAACUCGCUUUCGAGUAUGCAACGCUGAGUGGCAUUUCGCCCGGUAUCAUGGACUACAUUACCCCUGACAAUCGCGAUACCUUGGUGAGCAAAGCACAGACAGAAAUUGAUGCCCUCCUUAGCAAUGUCUCGGUGAGCGAGCGCGAAGAACAUGAAAACGAGCAGAUUCGUAUCUGGUUGAAUGCGAUUACAGCAGUUGAGCACACGAUGUUCUCAAUUUUGCCCGAGUUAGAGACAGCUCUCGAUGGGUUGGAGGUCAGCGACAAAACAGUAGUGGGCUUCAGCCCGGUUCAUAUCAUGGCGGAUAGUGGCGCACGAGCACGGAAGAAUCCAUUUAUGCAAAUCAGUGCCAUUAUCGGGUUGAAAGCUAAGCAGAGCGGUGAAAUUCUCAUUCCGCCGAUUACCACCUCUUAUCGUGAUGGUCUGGAUGUACUUGACUACUUCAACUCUACUUAUGGAUCCCGUAAAGGUUUGGUGGAUACCGCGAUGAAAACCGCCGCGUCCGGUUACCUCACACGGAAACUCGUGGAUGUUGCGCAAGAUGUCCGUAUUACCACUGAAGACUGCGGCACUCUUAAUAGCAUUCAAAAGUUUGCGACAGAUGGAGGCGACCUUGCUUUUAAGAUUAGCGGACGCACUGCCGCCGAAGAAAUUCUCAACCCAGAGAACGGGGAUCUGCUUGUUCCGUCGGGUACUGUCAUAUCCGCGCAGAUGUCGGAGCAAAUUGAUGCACUUGGCAUAAGAAUAGCGAAAGUGCGCUCUGUGCUCACGUGUCAAACCGAUGAUGGCGUCUGCGCAAAAUGUUAUGGUAACGAUUUGACGACGAAUCACCUCGUCAAUGUUGGUGAAGCGGUCGGUAUCAUUGCUGCGCAAUCUAUCGGUGAACCCGGCACGCAGCUUACCAUGAGAACGUUCCACACUGGUGGUGCUGUUGAGGACGUUUCGGAAGCGCGUCAACGCAGAAUUCUGUCUAAAGCCAGCGGCACCGUGCGUUUCCGUGAUUUCCAACCCGGACGGACAGUCAAAAAAGACGGAGAACUCUGGGUAGCUACCGAAAACAGAGCAAACCUUGAUGGUCCUGCCUAUAAAGUCCAACAAGUCAAUCACCCCGAUUGUCAAUUGCGUGAAGGUGAACUGCUCAGUGAGAAGCAGUAUGUGGAAAACACAGAGCGCUAUAAAGGCUUUGAUACUAAAACGUGGCAGUAUCAAGUCACAGCUGUCUUGGAUAGCGGCUGUGAUUUGAAGGUGUGGGACCGGCUGUCUCAGGCAGAAUACGCCAGGGCACAGAUAGAAUAUGGCUUUCAGCGAUUUGUGAUCCCAAAAUACCGAGUGACGCGGGUGCAACAUCCUAAGCUUUCAUUGACUGUUGGCACCGAACUCACUGAAGAAAAGAUAGAGCAAUUGAGAGAUGAUAUCCGGCAAGGGAUUAACGGGGAAUGGCAUUACUUAGAUGCAGAAACAGGCGAGCGUAUUGCUGUUGAAAGCCUUACAGCAGUUUCAGGCAAUGCUUCUUCUGAACGUACUAACGGCUCCGCUGAUAGUCCGGAUACUGCAAAUGCAUCUGGGCGAGAUGCAAGUUUUAAUCGUGUGUAUUGUAUAACCGAGAUAGACAAGCAGACAAGCAAAGACUUCGGAUUUAAGGUAGGAGACGAAGUUGCCCCAGAGGAAAUUGCUCCGUUGCUGAGUCCAUUUGAAGUGGACACAAAGCCCGUUUACGUUGUACAUACAGCGGUUGAUGAAUUUACGGUUGAUCAGACAUUAACGGCCCGUGAGUACGAGGAUGCUCGCACAGAGUAUCAACAUCUUGAACACGCAUUUAAAGUUGAAAAACAGGAUGUUGAACGGCACUAUGUGACGGCUGUGUAUCAUCCCGACUGUCCACUUAAAGAAGGCGAAGAAGUAAGCGAGCCAGCCUUAACCCGAGCACACAGACGGUUUACAGGUUUCGAUGCCCAAAGGCUGCGACACCGUAUAACACAGGUUCAUCACCCUGACUGUCCGCUCAAGCAGGGCGAUCUGAUUAGCGAGAGUGAGGUAAAACAGCUCAAUGAGCGCUACCCUGGGUUCGUCACUUCCCAAAGUAAGAGCACCGCGGGUGGCUUUAAAGCAGAACGCAUGUACCGUGUUACAUCGGUCAAUCAUUCUGACUGUCCAUUAGAAGUUGGUGGACUCUUGACGCAAAAGGAAUCAUCCGCAAGCCGCCGACACUACAAGGGCCUUGAAGUCGCACGUCAUUAUGAAGUGACGCAUAUCGAAGAUGGAACGACAGCGUUAAGUGCCGGUCAGCGUCUCACCGAGAUCGAGUAUAAGGCACUCCGCAAGACGGACGCUUCGUUACCUGAGAAAGUCAAGGCACUAUACCAUGUCGUUAGCGUCCAUCACCCUGAAUUGGACCUGGAGGUUGAUACUGAACUGAGUGAAGAGGAAUAUAAGACGUAUCAUCGCCAGUUCAAAGGGUUUGAUGUUGAGCUGGUUUACCAGAUAACUGAGGAUAAGCGGGAUGUUGAUGAACGACUUGAGGUUGGGACUAUUCUACCCUCGAAGGAAUACCGGGUUCUUGACAAGGCAAACUUACGGGUGACCCAUACCGUCACCGAGGUCCAUCAUCCGCAUUGCAAGUCCGCUGUCGGCGAUGAAUUGCCAGAGGAAGUGUACAAUGAAGCAGCGGGGCGGUUUCGCGGAUUCGAGGUCGAUGAAUUGUCAUUGCGGAUACGUAUUGAGGUAGAAACAGCGGAUGGGAAUCGGGUACCGCAUGUCAUUCCUACGGGUUAUUCCUUCUCUUUGGCAGAGGGUGAUAGUAUCCGGAAGGCAGAAACGCUGGCAGAACUCCAUGAGAGGACAGCGAACCUUGACAUUGUUGCUGGUAUUCCGCGUGUCACUGAAUUGUUUGAAGCGCGCCGCCCGAAACGCGGUGAAGCCGCAGAAAUCGCUGAAAUUGAAGGUUACGUCCAAUCGGCAGGCAUGAAGUCAGGUAUUCCUACCUACCGCAUUGAGCACGAGGGAUAUCAGAGUCGCCUCUAUCAGAUACCUGAUGAGAAGCGACGCGUCGCUGAAGGCGAUUGGGUGGAUGCCGGCGAACCACUCACCGAUGGUUAUCUCAAUCCGCACGAUAUUUUGAGUAUCGGACGUACGACUAUUGAAGGUAUCUCGGUUGAGGGUGAAGAGGCGGUUUGGUCAUAUCUCGUCGAUGAAGUCCAGAAAGUCUACGGCAAGGAAACUAUCAACGAUAAACACGUUGAGACGAUAGUCCGACAGAUGUUGACCAAAAUUCGCAUCACCGAGCCGGGCGACACAAACUUCUACCCGAAUGAUGAAGUGCAACGCAGGCAAUUUGAACGCGUUAACAGUGAGAUUGAGGAAAAAGAUGGCACGGCUGCCUCGGGUGAGCCGAUUCUCCAGAGCAUAAGUAAAGCCUCCCUGAGUACUGAUAGCUUCAUCUCAGCUGCAUCCUUCCAGCAGACGACAAAGGUGCUAACAGAUGCUGCUGUCAGUGGGCAAACCGAUAGACUCUUCGGGCUGAAGGAAAACGUUAUUCUCGGUAGACUUAUACCAGCCGGAAGUGGAUUCUCCAAUUUCCAAGACUUAGAGAUAUCCUCCAUUGAACCAGAAAUAAGCGAAACUGGCGAUGAUGAUUAA